AUGGUAGCAGAUCUUCCUGAUUUUAAGCCAUUGGGCACGUACGAACAGAGCAUCGGCUACCGAUUCACGAAGAUCAUGAAAUACAUUUACCAGCAGAAUGUCUGAGUGUUUGUGCUUUCUAGGCAUUUAUCUGGGCAUGACCAUAACCCUCACUGCGUCACUGCAGCAUGCUAUCUGCCCUCGAACCGCCAAGCUAAGCCACCACAUCCGCUUGUCCCGGACAUAGUGAUUCAGGCGUGUCUACAGACCUUCACGGGCGCUACAAAGGAGACGACCAUCAUGACACAGAUCAACACGCUGGACGAAACGUUGGAUUCUGCCCCGGGUUUGUACAUCACCGACUCCUUCAUCGUGGCUGGCUACACCGACCCUGCAGCUGCACACCAUGUUAAUGAGAUAUGAUUCAUUCAAAGGCCUUAA